AUGUCAUCAUCAAAUUUAUUACAUCCUUUAGUUCAUAAUGAUUCCACUUUGAAAAGAAAAAGAUAUCUUGAAGAUCUUGAACCAUUAGAAGAAUCAAAUAAAAGAGCUAGAACUGCACCACCUUCACCACCUUUAGCUUCAGUUUUCACAAGAAGAUCAUUAUCACCAACUCCACCUUCUUCAUUUAAUGAAUCAGCUCCAUUGAAACCAUUACCAUCAUUAUCAAUCCCAAUUGAACCAAAGCAAUCAACAUCAGCUACAUCAUCAUCAGAAUCUGAACCAACAGUUUUAGUUACUCCACAAAGUUCACCAUUAACAAUUGCUAAUACUGCAUUAAAAACUAAAUUACCAAAACAAUCAACUUUAUUACCAGCUGUUAUGAGUAAUGAUUUCAAAUAUCUUAAACAAAAUAAAAGAUAUGGUGGUAUUUCAAAUUAUUCAUUAGAUUAUCCAGAUACUUGUAUUAAUGAUGAUGAUUGGAGAUUAAAUUUAGAACUUUGGAUUGAAAAAAAUUUCCCUGAAAAAUUCAGUAAUUUGAAAACUUUAUUACGUUCAGAUAAACCAGGUUUUGAUUUAUUAAAUAAUGCAAUCUUAUUAACUGAAUUAAAAGAACAAUUGGAUAGAGAACAUAGAUAUAAAAAACCAAAAUUCACUUCCAAAAUUAGUAAAAAAAUGGUUUCAAAUAAGAAAAUUUAUCAAUCAUCACCAUAUGGUAAAAGAGUUUAUAGUGAUCAUUCAGAUGAUGAAACAACUUCAUCUCCAUAUCAUCAACAUACUGUCCCAAACUCCAAUGGUUACACACAUUCAUCACCAAUUGCAUUACCUUCACAACUCAAUACUAAAGUUAAUUUCCCAUAUGAAUCAAAUUAUACUUAUACUUCAGCUGAUCAUACACCAACUUCACCAACUGCUCCAGCUUCAAGUAUAUCAUCACAACAACAACAAGUUCCACAAGUUCCACAAGUUCAACCACCACAACCAUCACAACGUAUUUCAUUACCACCAAUCAGUACAGCUGUAAAUUCAUUAAAUCAAUAUCAAGAUCAUGAUCAAAAUGAAAUAAGGUAUAACAAAUUCCAAACACAAUCCUCACCAACUCAAUCAGAUCAUCAUCAAUUCCAACAACAUCAACAUCAAAAUUAUCCACCAUCACAACAGAAUUAUCAAGCAGCAAGAGAUAUUGUCAUUCAAACCAAUAAUUUCAUUCAUACACAAAAUCAUAAAGGUCCAAAUCAUACAUAUACAAUUCAUCAUCAUAACCAACAUAAAAGAAAAUGUAUAUCAUGUGGAUCAGAUCAAUCACCAUGUUGGAGACCAAGUUGGUCAACAAGUGCUGGACAACUAUGUAAUUCAUGUGGAUUAAGAUAUAAGAAAACAGGUGCAAGAUGUAUGGAAUCCUCAUGUGGUAGAAUACCUGCAAAAGGUGAAUGGACAGCCAUGAAGAGUAGAGGGAAAGUUGAAAUUCAAAAUAAUGAUGGUUCUUCACAUUUGGGUUAUAAAUGUUUGCAUUGUAGUAGUGAAGUUGAAGUUAAAGAAAGACCAUCAAAAUGA